GCCCGGUAGUGCAGUCCAAGAAUAACUGGAGACUGUGCGGUCCACCUCCGUGACUUAACACCAAUCUGCAACCCGUUGCCUCGGUCAAAGCAUGAACUUCAGGUGAAGAGUAAGGAAUAGGAACUUGGGUCUGGAAGUCCCUUCCUCGAAUCUCAUCAUUGCCAUUAAGAAGCCGGAUUAAUGGCUUCUUUUUAGUUCAGCACAUUUACUGCACAGGAGCUAUAGCUAAGUGCUAGAUCUCCAAUCCUGCAUGCUCUAGAUUCAGUCCUUCAUGUUUUCAGGGCCAAAAGAGGAACCAUCUCAUCUCUAUCUGAUCCCUUGUUGAGUUGCAACUAGCUGCUGCGAAGGACUGGUUUUUCUACACAUGAAAUAUAUUUGCAGACCUGAGUGACAAAUACGCAAGGGUUGAAAGACAAAUGGCAUUGCAUUGCAAUUGUCUCCAUAAGUCAUUUGCUUGCCAAGUCCCAGCACAGUUGGCAUCUUGUGUUGUCGAAGGCUUUCAUGGCCAGGAUCACAGGGUUGUUGUAUGUUUUCCGGGCUGUCUGGCCAUGUUCUAGAAAUAUUCUCUCCUGACGUUUCGCCCACAUCUAUGGCAGGCAUCCUCAGAGGUUGUGAGGCAUCCUCAGUUGGCAUCUGCUCGGAGGUCCCGAGGUUUGGCUUUGCUUCUUCUGACUCUGCCCUGCUGCACAGCAACAGUCAUUUCGAUGACCUUCUUGCUGUACAUAACCCCUUUGCAUUUAUGGUAUUACUUUCUCUUAUAAUGAUGCUUGGCUAACCAUUUGGAAGCAUUAUGAUGAAUCCAUGCAAUGAGCCACCAUGCCCUGGGUGUCCUCUAGCUGAGACAUUCUAGAGAGAGUAAUGGAGGGAAGGAAAGAAAGGGGCAGUGAAAUGAGUAUUUUAUCCUUAGUAGGAAGUUUUGUCUCAGAGAGGCAGCUUGAAUAGUUUUCUUGCCCCCAGCUUAGCAGUUCUAAGUAAGUAAUAAGUAAGUAAUAUCUUACUCAAGAUGGGGUAGACUGCUCCUGUUGUCCUUAGGAUGUAUAGUCAAGAUCCUAUGAGUGUCAAUCCUCCUCACUCCCUGAAAAAGUUUUUAAGGUACUGCCACCACUCAGACCAGGUUUGAUAAUAGUAGGACAAGAAAGAUAAUAUUGUGAAUUGAAAUCUACUUCCUAUGAAAACAUACUUUUGGUUGUGAUCUAAAAUGAAGCACAUUUAGGAGUAUGGUGGAGGCUCCUUCUUUGGAGGUUAGAUGGCCAUCUGUCGGGAGUGCUUUGAAUGCAGUUUUCCUGCUUCUUGGCAGGGGGUUGGACUGGAUGGCUUACGAAGUCUCCUCCAACUCUAGGAUUCUAUGGGAGGCGUUGUUCAUUAACGAAUGAAUGAAGAUCCUGUUUGUGCUGUGAUGUCCAUGAGGAAGUCUGGUGUGAAUAUUAUUUAUAGUAUUGGGUUUUGAUCAGUGCCAUUGGCAUCUCCAUACACACAGCUCAUUCGUCCACUGAAGGCACUGUAGGGAAGCUAUGGUGUCCAGGGAGUUCUGAUUUCCUCACUGAAGCUCCCGCACCUGCAUGCCCUUUGGGAAGGAAGGGGGAUAAGGCUUAGUGGCACCUUGGAAACCCAGAGAGAUCAUGACCAUGGUGUUCAGGUAAUGCUGGAACAGCUUUCCCAUUAGUCCUUUUGGCACCCGUUGCAUAAAUCAGAUUUAUUUAACAUUUCCUUUGCUAACAUUCAAAUUUCAUUUAUGAUUUGCCUAUUAAUUUGGCUUGAGAUGUUUCCUUUUCUGUUGCUUCCUUUUUUAUUUAACAUUGUUCAUGUCUCACCCUGUUUUUUUCCACCUCCCCACCCCUUCUGUCUGCAAUCAACUUCUUCAUCCAAUAAGGCUGGGCACAGAUUGGUGUUAGUGUUGGGAGACCUUCAUAUCCCUCACCGCUGCAACAGUUUGCCAGCGAAGUUCAAAAAGCUGCUGGUUCCGGGGAAGAUCCAGCACAUUCUCUGCACUGGAAACCUCUGCACAAAGGAGAGCUAUGACUAUCUCAAGACCCUGGCUGGUGAUGUUCAUGUGGUUAGAGGGGACUUUGAUGAGAACUUGAACUACCCUGAACAGAAAGUUGUCACUGUCGGGCAGUUUAAGAUUGGCCUGAUCCACGGCCAUCAAGUGAUCCCAUGGGGAGACGUGGCCAGCCUGGCGCUGCUCCAGAGACAGUUUGAUGUGGACAUCCUGAUUUCUGGGCACACACACAAAUUUGAGGCCUUUGAGCAUGAAAACAAGUUCUAUAUCAACCCUGGAUCAGCAACGGGAGCGUACAGUGCUCUGGAAAACAACAUCAUACCUUCUUUUGUACUGAUGGAUAUCCAAGCUUCCACCGUCGUGACCUAUGUUUAUCAGCUAAUUGGCGACGACGUCAAGGUAGAAAGAAUCGAGUACAAGAAAUCUUAAAGGACGUCCUUCGACCUGCCUGUUCCUUGGCCUCUUUUUCCUUUUUACCCCAGUAUGCACCUGAAGGUCCACAGUGUUUGCGAUAUUUGCAUAUGAAAUGAUUUGUCUUCCUUUGUCAUAGAUAUGCAAGUAUUGAUUUCUUGAAUGCUAACAAAAACCUGCCUUUGCUUGAUUCUUUUCUUUGCCUAAGUCCUGCAUGUAAAUACGUUUUCAGGGUGCACAGAGAAGCUAUGUGUUCACAUGGAUCAUUCCAAAUCUUAUAAUAAACACUUCUCUAACCUUA